AUGAUCACAGGACCAUGGCAAUUAGUAUCACUCCAGAAGCAGCCGCAAAAACAAGAGCUGCCCAUGGAUGCUGCUGCUGCUGCUGCUCCUGGGAGCGACAGCCACCGUCGUCCAAACACCAGAAGCCAGCAGCAGCAGCAGAAGCAGAAGCAGCAGAAGCAGCAGAACACAAUGACGGUGCAGCAGGAUGCCCGCCCCAAGAAGCAGGGCACCAAACCCCAGAAGCAACAGCUGCAGCGGGGCAAGAAGACACAUGUAAAAGGCAAGAACACCAAGGCCGCUUAUUGCAGUAAGGGGGUGUCUGCUGUCCCGUCUAUGCAGCAGCAACAACCCCAGCAGCAACCUCAACAACAACAUGUGCUGCCGCACACACAGUAUGAUGCAAUGCACAUCUGUGACGAGCGUGCAUGCAUCAACCCGUUUCAUCUUGUGUGGGGAACACGUGCUGAGAACCGGCGUGGUCAUCAAGGACGGGAUGGUAGCAUGGGCUAUAGCCGCCUGCCUCCGGUGCAGCAGGGCAGCAUCCUCCGUUUCGGAAGCAGCAGCAACAUUUCAGCGGCAGCAGAGCAGGAAGUAGGAGAUGCUGCUCGGAUGCUGCUCUAUCUGUUUGAUGGGCACCCACCAAUUCGGAAAUGA